AUGUGCAACCGGAAGGUGGUGAUCAAAAAUGCAGACAUGUCAGAAGAGAUGCAGCAAGACUCGGUGGAGUGCGCUACUCAGGCGUUGGAGAAGUACAACAUAGAAAAGGAUAGUGCGGCCCAUAUCAAGACGGAGUUUGACGAGAAGUACAACCCCACCUGGCACUGCACUGUGGGGCGGAACUUCGGUAGUUACAGGACACAUGAAACCAAACACUUCAUCUACUUCUACCUGGGUCAGGUGGCCAUUCCUCUGUUCAAAUCUGGUUAAAAGCAUGGACUGUGUCAAACACCCAGUGAUCCAUCCAAAAACAAGGACUGCAUCCUAAAUUCCAAAUACCAGAGCCUGACUCUUCAGCCUUGCUAUGGGAACACCUCGUUUGAAUCUGUUUUGUGCAGGGCAUCAUGCUCUGUACGAGUUUGUGGUUAUAAAUAAUUAGUAAAACAGCUUACAUUUGUAUUUAUUUUCUAGUCCAUACUUCUGUACCCCAUUUUUUCUCCC